AUGACCCUUCAAGCCUUUGCGCUGCUGGCGGCGGCGGCCCUUGUACGGGGCGAGACCCCGACCAAGGUCCCUCGCGACGCUCCGAGAGGAGCUGCUGCUUGGGAAGCUGCCCACUCCUCAGCAGCCGCUGCCUUGGGAAAGCUGUCCCAGCAGGACAAGAUCAACAUCGUGACGGGCGUCGGCUGGAACAAGGGGCCCUGCGUGGGCAAUACUCCCGCUAUCAGCUCCAUCAACUACCCGCAGCUCUGCCUCCAAGACGGACCCCUGGGCGUCCGCUUCGGUUCCAGCAUCACCGCUUUCACUCCAGGCAUUCAGGCCGCGUCGACGUGGGAUGUGGACCUGAUCCGACAACGAGGCGAGUACAUGGGCGCCGAGUUCAAGGGGUGUGGCAUCCACGUCCAGCUAGGCCCCGUGGCCGGGCCCUUGGGUAAGGUUCCGCAAGGCGGCCGCAACUGGGAGGGCUUUGGCGUGGAUCCCUACCUCACCGGCAUUGCCAUGGCCGAGACCAUCGAGGGGAUACAGUCAGCGGGCGUGCAAGCCACCGCCAAGCAUUACAUCCUCAACGAGCAGGAGCUCAACCGCGAGACCAUGAGCAGCAAUGUCGACGACCGCACCUUGCACGAGCUGUACCUCUGGCCUUUUGCAGACGCUGUUCACUCUAACGUGGCCAGCGUCAUGUGCAGUUACAACAAGAUCAACGGCACGUGGGCGUGCGAGAACGACCGGGUGCUGAACGUCAUUCUGAAGCAGGAGCUUGGGUUUCCGGGCUAUGUGAUGAGCGACUGGAACGCGCAGCACUCGACCGACGACGCGGCCAACCACGGCAUGGACAUGACGAUGCCCGGCAGCGACUUCAACGGAGGGACGAUUCUCUGGGGCCCGCAGCUCGACAGCGCCGUCAACAGCGGCCGGGUGCCCAAGUCCCGCCUCGACGACAUGGUCGAGCGCAUCCUCGCGGCGUGGUACCUUCUCGGUCAGGACAGCAAUUACCCGGCUAUCAACAUCGGCGCCAACGUACAGGGCAACCACAAGGAGAACGUGCGGGCGGUCGCGCGCGAUGGCAUCGUGCUCCUCAAGAACGACGACGGCAUCCUCCCGCUCAAGAAGCCCGCCAAGCUCGCCCUCAUCGGUUCGGCCGCCGUCGUCAACCCGCAGGGACUGAACUCCUGCCAGGAUCAGGGCUGCAACAAAGGCGCGCUGGGCAUGGGAUGGGGGUCCGGGGCGGUCAACUACCCGUACUUUGUCGCGCCGUACGACGCGCUCAAGGCCCGCGCCCAAGAGGACGGGACGACGGUCAGCCUGCACAACUCGGACAGCACGAGCGGGGUGGCGAACGUGGCCUCGGACGCGGACGCGGCCAUCGUGGUCAUCACGGCCGACUCGGGCGAGGGUUACAUCACAGUCGAAGGCGCCGCCGGGGACCGGCUGAACCUCGACCCGUGGCACAACGGCAACGAGCUGGUAAAGGCGGUGGCGGCGGCCAACAAGAACACCAUCGUCGUCGUGCACAGCGUCGGGCCCAUCAUCCUCGAGACCAUCCUGGCAACCGAAGGGGUCAAGGCGAUUGUGUGGGCCGGCCUGCCAAGCCAGGAGAAUGGUAACGCGCUGGUGGACAUCCUGUACGGUCUGGCCUCGCCGUCGGGCAAGCUGGUCUACACCAUCGCCAAGCGAGAACAGGACUACGGCACUGCGGUCGUUCGCGGAGACGACACAUUUCCGGAGGGCCUGUUUGUCGACUACCGGCACUUUGACAAGGAGAACAUCGAGCCGCGGUACGAGUUUGGGUUUGGGCUGUCAUACACCAACUUCACGUACGCCGACCUCGAACUCACCUCGACCGCCACGGCCGGCCCAGCGACGGGCGAGACCAUCCCCGGCGGCGCGGCCGACCUCUGGGAGGAGGUGGCCACGGUCACGGCGACCAUCACCAACAGCGGCGGCGUGGACGGCGCCGAGGUGGCCCAGCUGUACCUGACGUUGCCGUCGUCGGCGCCGGCGACCCCGCCCAAGCAGCUCCGCGGCUUCGCCAAGCUCAAGCUGGCGGCCGGCGCCAGCGGGACCGCGACGUUUAGUCUGCGCAGGCGCGACCUCAGCUACUGGGACACCGGCCGCGGGCAGUGGGUGGUGCCGGAGGGCGAGUUUGGCGUCUCGGUCGGGGCGAGCUCGCGCGAUAUCCGGCUGACGGGGAGCUUCCGAGUAUGAAAGGAAAUAUCCUGGGGCGGAUAGUUUCUGCUUCUUCGAUGGAGUGAACUAUAUAUAGGUGCGCCCGGACGCCAGAGAUAUGGACAAUAACACUCAAGGGUCGGUCCCUAGGCGUCGUAUAUGCUUUAUUUUGUUUCUCUGUUCUUUCCGUUCUUGGUCGACUCUCGAUUACCAUUAAUUACGUGAAACACGAGUCUGAUACC